GGCAGAAGGUGUUCGCAUUCCAGCCACUAAACCCGAUGGCUGACAACGCCAAGCAGCAUUCUUCGUCAUGAGCCAAACUAAUUCUUGACCCCACCCCACCACCGGCAGGGCUGAGCGAUACGACUCAGCCACGGUAACCGUUGGGUGCAGACCAUUCUUUAGCAGGCAGGCCGUGAUUUCUCCUCUUCUUUUCCAUACCACUUGCCUUAUUAUCCGAGUCGCACAUCGGUCUUACCUACUUCUGGAGCUUACUCGUGUAUUACCCUGCCUAAAUUACAGCUGGACAUGUCCUACAACUACAACCAACCAGGCGGUUAUCAGCAGCCGUAUCCGGGCCAAGCCCCGCCGCCACAAGGCUACGGUCAGCAACAACAGUAUCAACCUCCUCCACAGCAAGGCUAUCAACAACCGCCACCAAUGCAGAACCAACAGUACGGAGGCUACCCGCCUCAACAAGGUUAUGGUCAGCAACCACCGCAAGGUCAAUAUGGUGCGCCGCCGCCAAAUCAGUACGGCGGUCCACCUCAGGGCCAGUAUGGAGCUCCUCCCCCGCAACAGGGCUAUGGCGCACCUGGGCAGUAUCAACAACAGCCACCUCCGGGUCAGUAUGGACAGCAACCACCUCCAGGACAAUAUGGACAACCGCCUCCAGGACAGUAUGGUCAGCCACCCCAAGGACAGUAUCAACCACCACCUGGGCCUCCACCAGGCCAGUUUGGGCAGCAACCACCCCCAGGGCAAUAUGGCGCGCCCCCACCACAGGGGCAGUUCGGUGCUCCACCUCCUCAAGGCCAAUUCGGUGCGCCAGGGGGCUUCGGCGGACCACCAACUCAGGUUUCCCUUGGCUAUGGUCCCAUGCAGGUAGCUAACAUCGACGUCAGCAAAGAUGUCGAGGCUAUCCGCAAAGCAAUGAAGGGAUUCGGAACCGAUGAGAAGGCACUCAUUGCGAUAUUGGCGAAGCGAGACCCCAUCCAGAUUGGUACCAUUCGGGCGCAAUAUGACCAGCGCCUGAUGCGAAACAUGGUCCAGGACCUCGAAAAGGAGACAAGUGGCUACUUUGCCAAAGGACUUGUCGAAAUCGCACGCGGUCCUCUGGUUUCUGACUGCUAUAACCUCAUGGAAGCAAUGAAGGGUAUGGGCACAAAGGAGGUCAUAUUGGACGACAUCUUGAUCGGCCGAAGCAACGCCGACAUUAACGCCAUCAAGCAGAAGUACCAGGAACUUUUCCAACGGCCACUACAGAAAGACCUCCAGGGCGACCUCAGUGCCGGAACCGAACAAAUGUACGACAUGAUCAUCUCGGCCCGCCGCGCAGAAGACUCAUACCCGGUCAACCCUCAAGAAAUCGAGCAGGCUGUCACCGAUCUUCAAGCCGGCAUGGGUGGCUUUGCUAGCAAGAACGUGCCUCAAGUUUGCCAGAUCCUCACUAGCAAAAACGACGCGCAGCUCAAAGCCAUGACGAACGCUUACCAACAGCGCUUCCACAAGUCCCUCGACAGCGUCAUCAAGUCUGCUUUCUCAGGCCACAUGGAAGAUGCACUCCGUCUGCUUAUUCACCGUGCCACCAACCGACCCGAGGCUGAAGCCGUUCGUCUAGAAGAAUCGAUGGCCGGCAUGGGCACCAAGGAUGAGAUCCUCGUGCAACGCGUCGUCCGCUGCCACUGGGACAAGAACUUCAUGAAUGCUGUCAGCAAUGCGUACAAGCAGGUCUACAAGAAGGACUUGGUCAAGAGGAUAGAAGGGGAGACCCGCGGCGAUUACGAGAAGCUCAUGGUUGCUUGUGUGAAACCUUGAAGUUUUGCAGAUAUACGUAGAGUGUUGGUUUUGAUUACAUGAUAUCCUUUUUUCUCUUUCUUGUUGCUUCGGCGAGAUGGUGGAAAGUGCGAGUGUGUUCACACAUGCGCUUUUCCUGUAUGCGGUCUGUGAACGUGGAGAGAUGAAUAGAUCUAUUUUCUAAUGCAAACACUGAGCCAAGUAUCCUUUUGAGUCAAAAACAGUGCAUUACUACUACUUCAA